GGGUCGACUCCGUACGUGCCGCCUAAACAAAAACAAGGUGAUCCCUCUGUGCAGGAAGAGUUUCGUUCAAACUACGCUUUUAUUUUUGGAUUUCUGGUAGCUUUAGGAUGUUUCGCGAGGAUUACGUUUAUGCUGUACGCAUUUCCAUUAGGCCUUGCAUUCCUUCAUCAUGUGUUCUUUGUCGCGAGGGUACAACGAAGAAAUCGGUUCGAUAAACUCAUGGGACUCGUACCCGCAUGUCUUGGCUUGAUGAUCGCAACAUCGAUCUGUGUUUUGACAGAUUCUUUGUAUUUUGGGACAUUGAAAAUCACCCUCGGUGAUGAAUUGCUGAAUAUUGAACACACCUUUGCAUUAUUGAAAAAUCCGAUGAAGCUUCUUGAGAUUGGUUUGAAGGGGGAAUUGGUAUUCACCCCGUUAAAUAAUCUCGUCUACAAUUCCGACUCGAAAAAUCUAGCCGAACAUGGUCUUCACCCGCGAUACCUUCAUAUUGUAAACUUUGUGUUGCUCUUUGGUCCGCUCGUUUUAUUGACGAUGAAAGACCUUAUUGCAAGCUACAAUUGCAUGAGAAUCAUGGCUAAACGUAAAUACAAAACGGCCACGAAUAUUCAACUUAAUGUCCAUGACCUUGCGGGCCGUUCCAUUCAAAGUCUUGAAAAGCUGAUUUCAGAGCAAGUUGCACCUAAAAGAAAUUUGGUAGAGUUACACAAAACCAAACACAUCGCUUUCCAGCAGCGUCUUGUGGGUAACGUUUCCUUCAGACAAUAUGAAAGAACACUCUUGGUGACACCAUCAACAACAGAUUUAACCCCGCUUUUCGGAGAUGAUCAUUCCAGACCAUUUUUGGAAAGCGGCAGUCAACAUAAUCACGAGAUCAACAAACCUGGGUUAAUGUUGAUAGAUCAACAUUGGCCUCAUUUAAACCUCGAUCAAAUUAGCAAUUCUUCGGCCUCCUUCCUUUCAUCAGCUUGUUUGAGAAGCGUCAAACAACGUAAGAUGAGAGUUGUCGUCAAGGGGAAAUUGCCGCUAAGUCUCGCCAAACCUGAUUCGAACAAAUAUAACAAAUAUAUAUAUAUUAAUGUUCAAAUCAUAUCCUCUCCUUCCGCUUCUUCCCGCCAUCUGCCGAAAUUGGAGUGCUAUUCGUUGAGGGGAGUGAUUAAUUUGAAACAAAACAUCGAUCAUAAGCAUUCAAAAAUUAACGGCCGAGAUGAAAGUAUGCCACCAAACUUGCCAGUCAAGGAUAUUGAAUCUCCUGCGAACACGACAGAUCUCGCGGGCAUAUUAAUUCCAAGCGCAAGAGUUCCCGUUGCAAACACUACUCUGAUGUGA